AGUUCAAACGUGCGCUGAAUCCCAUGCCGCGUUGCUAGCCCAUUAGUUGCCGCAAUGUCAGACCGGUUCUUGCACAUUCAGGUUGGCUGUUUGGUGUGCGUCACAACCCACGCUGGUGCUGUCGAGCAUGAAGAAUUGGGAGAAGUAACUUCCAUUGAAAGACCGUCAAUGGAAGAUGAUGGGUCUGCCUACUGUCGCUUCAGCGACGCUUCCGGGAAUUCCUACCACACUUUGGCGCUUCCUGGCCUUCGUCUAGCAGAGUUGCAGAAGGGCACACAGGUCCAUGUGGCUGGAACGGAAUCCUUUGAUGUCAUCGGUGAAGUGAAAGGUGCCACAACCGAGUGCUUCCAGGUUGAAGUUCAAGGCAAGCUGAUGUCCAAGAAGCCGUCAGAGCUGCUCAAGUGCGCACCACGGAUACCUGCAGACAGCAGCUCGGUUCCGUCAAUUACCGACCAGUUUUUGCACAUCCAGGUGGGCUGCCUGGUGUGGGCCAACGCCUCGGGCCGCGAGCACGGACUGGGAGAAGUGACUUCCAUCGAGAGACCGUCGAUCGAAAGCGAUG